UUCUCCUUCACCUAAUUCAUCAACCUUGUGUCUUCUACUUCAAUCUCAAUGGGUUCCCUUUUAGUGGAUGAUUUAUUUCUUCCUCAUGAUGCCCUGUUCCCUGGAUUCGACAACUCUACUCAGUCCUUGAAGGCAACUGUAUUGGAUUCCAAUCUCAACAUUGUUACUUCGCAAGUAAGGUCAUUUUCAUUCUGAAUUGCCUCGUUAUAAGACACAGGAUGGAGUUUAUAGAGACCCCUCCAUUAGUGGCAGAAUUGUCUCCCCCACCUUGAUGUGGGUUGAGGCUUUAGAUCUUGUUCUUCAAAAACUCUCCAACUCCAAUCUUGAUUUCGGAAAAAUUGCUGCCGUAUCUGGUAGUGGACAGCAGCAUGGCAGUGUCUACUGGAAGAAUGGUGCCUCUGCAAUGUUAUCAUCGUUGGACUCUAGGAAGCCAUUAGUUGAACAGCUUAGGGAUGCUUUUUCAACCAAGGAAUCACCCAUUUGGAUGGACAGCAGCACCACAGGACAGUGUAGAGAAAUAAAGAAAGCAGUUGGAGGAGCAUUGGAGUUGUCUAAACUUACCGGAUCUUUCUCAAAAAAAAUUUUCAUUAAUAUUUUUUGCGUUAGUUUGGUAAGUCUUUUUUUGUGUGGUCACCCAUCCCAGUACUGCUCUUAUCCCACCACGUUCAACUGUGGAGUUCUAAUAGGAUCCGAUACAUUAGUUUAGACAACUCCAAUGCUCCUCCAACUGGAUGGGUGACAUUCUGGGAGUUCCUCGUGUUGCAUCCCUCCCUUUCUAUUUCUCAACCCACUUUUGCAAUGCUCUACGUACUAGCAGUAGCGGAACAGAUG